GAUUGUUUGCUGCUAGCCGCUAGGCAGCAGUUUCAUCAUUCAUUCCAUCAAGUGAUUAGGUUGUUCGUCAUCGAUAUAUGGCUCGUAUUAUAGACAAAUUAUUGGUGCGAAAUUAAAUUUUUUUCUUUUAUUUACCCGUGCAUGUAUGAAAAAUGUACAUUUAUUCGUGCGUUUGUGUUAUAUUCAUGUGUAUUGUGAAAGAUUACGAUGGACAAAAAUAUACUGUUACGAGGAUUGUAUCAGGUAAUGCCAUAAGCUCUAAAAUACCUAGCUACCUACUUAGAUAUAGUCGAUAUAGGUAGGUACUAAUAUUUUAUUUGUUAAUCUGAACGUAUGUCGUUUAUACUCAUAUAUUUUGCUAAGUAACUAUUUUUCAUAUGGGUACCUAUAUACCUAUAUUUAUAUAUAUAUAUAUUAUUGAUCUUAUAAAAUAAAUUGUAUUAAAAACCUAUAGGUAAUAAAUAACCCUUGCAAUAAUUAUUAUUAAUCACUUGUAAUAUAUAUGAUUUUUUAUUAGGUGCUUAGAUAAUAAUAAUAUCUUUAACAAAAAUAAUAACCUAUUUUUUUGUAUACUAUUAUGAUAAACGUUAUUUUAAUGUUUUAUAUCAAAAUAAUCAUUGUCAAACGGGGUUAAGGUUUAUAAAAUGAUUAAUUAUCUGUACUAUACUAACAUUUUUUGAAGAUAAUAUUAACUGUGAGGGUAAAAUACGUUUGUACAAUUAUUCUAAAAUGAUAGUUGGUCAAUAGACGCACCGAGAAAAGAGUUUAAUCGCUGGAUUUUAGGAAAAUGCAGAACUGUAAAACUCAUAGUACCAAAAAAAAGUCCAUUAUUAAAUUAAGAUUAAAACAGUUAAAUUAUAUUAUUUUUUUAUCAUAAAACUUGCUCUCUUUCAUCUAGAUAACUGUCUGGCGCCUAUAGUUUAAGUCUUACCAUAAGUAUUAGGUACUGUUUAAUUGUGUUUGUUACCAAGUUUACAAAUAGAACUCAAUGUUUAUAAUUAAUAACUAAUUUUUGUUAUUUGUUAAUCUGUGUAGUAAGAUAAAUCUCAGCCUUAAAAAAUACACUGUGUAUUUAUUUGAUAUUUUAUAAAUGCGGCAGAAUUAAAAAAAAAUAACAGUGUUAAAAACAGAUUCCGAUUAAUGAAGGGAGCUAUUACUUUUAAUUUUUAUAAAUAAUUAUUUUACUUCUGUGUUUUCCUAGAAAGUUUACUUUGUUAUAACUUGGAAAGUUUUGGUCGCUUUGUAGGAUUUCUCGAAAAUGAGUUUCAAGACAGAUUUAAUUAAAUUCAAAUCAAAUACAUUUACAAUCUAUGCAGUUUUGCACAAUAAGCAAAUUUGCGGAAUAAUGCAUAGUCAUGAGCAUAAGCGUCAUUACGCGGUAGCGAGAGAUAGCAACUGCUACUCCACAAGUUUUAUCGUUGUAAAUUAAUAAAAAUGUAUAAUUUUCUUACUUUUUUCUUAAUAUGAUAACACUGGUCAUGAGCAAUAGCGAGAAGGAAAGGUAUCCCCUAGUGAUAGUGAUAGUGAUAGGACCCUAAUUUAUUUUGAGAUUUUUAAGAUUCCAUAGCCAGAGCAAGGUCACGACACUAGUGCCUUUUAAAACGGCGGAGGGGGGAUUCGGAAUUUUACAUGAAAUAUUGGCUUGAUAUUUGUGGAUUGGAAAAAGGUAUAAUCUGAAGUAGAAUUUUUUGUAUUGUGCUUUGACAGUUUGGUAAAAUUAUCGAUAGUCUCUUUAUUUACUAUUUAGGUCUUUAUGAAAAGUGUGAUUAGAGAUAAACCAGGGAGCGAUAGUGAUUUCGUUGAUGGAGAUUGACUGGAAGGCUUGCAUUUUUUUUAUUUGAGUUGGUUUUAUACACCUCCGUAGCUGAAUAAGUGGGAACCUUAUGAAUCUAUUAUAGCAAUUCAUGUUUAAAGCCAAGGAUUUAAACAAUUAUGGUAAAUAUUAUAUUUACUCCGAACCCAUUCAGAAUCUUUUUAGAUUUUAUGGAAUUGGUUACUUCGGUGUGUGCUUUUAUUCUGUCUGUCUGGUUUUCAGUCAAAAUACUUAGUUUAAUCAUAAACAUCAAAAGUUAAUUUAUGAUAGAUGUUAUAAUGUUACAUUGUUAUAGUGGAUUAAGGUUAAUUUUUUGUUCGUAUACUUUUUUUUUAACGAGUCUGAUGAUUGACAUUUUAAUAUAUAUGUCUAUAAUAUUAUAGACAACGUUUAUUAUAUUAUAUUAUAAUACGUUAUUUUGUUAUUGCGGUUUACUUUACGAUAUUCGUAAAGUUGUCAGUAAUGUAUUUUCUUUUUUUUAACUUCUGCACGUAACACUAAUGUGCUUGGUUUAAUAUUUGUUUUGGUUCCUUGGAACUUAAAGUACUGCGGAACAGACAAAUUGUUUUGAUCCCUCCGACAUAGACGAUCGCCAAACAGUUCAUAAAUUCACGUUUCCUGUUUUAUGGAAGAACCGCACGAUUUUCCCUGUAGGUAAAUGUCCAAAAAUGAUAAGAAUAUAUGAUAGCGGUCCAAAAACAUUAUUUUCUCUGCCUAUAUUUAAAUAAUUAGUAAUAUUUUAGUAAUACAUAGUAAAUACUACUGUGUUUAACUAUAUAUUGCUUCGUCCAAACCCUAGACGAGGCAAUUUAUAGCCCCUAGACUCUUGGGGCUUUCGGCCAACUUCAUUUGCUCGCUCAUGACAUCGGACUUUUAAUUUAAAGUAAAUCCCGAUUUGUUAUAUGAAACCACAUCGGGGUGUUUUUAUUUAGUGUGUUUUAUUAAACAUCGUUUUUAAUAUACGAACGAGCACCGUUGUCGAAAACGAUUCUUAUCAUUUUCGGAUUACUAGUCUACAGCUUACUUCCGUUGACCAUACAGUGACGUCUCUCUGUACUUGUGUAAUUUGCAUUAUUUGUAUUCGUUUACAGUUAUUCAAAUUUAUGAUACUUAAAUUCGUGAAAAACGCCAACAAUGGUAUUUUAUUUUACAGUUUUAUAAAUUAAUAAAAUGUUUAAUUUAAAUUUAUUGAAAAAUAUUUAAUCACUCUGAAUCAUUUUUAUUUGCUGUGAUUUACCAAUGAAUACAUUAUAAUGUAAACUAAACUAUCCUGCAUUCUUAACUUACCUACAACAGAGCUUAGAGCUACAGUAUCAUCAUUUUUAAAAUGUAUUCCCGCGCAUUACUUCUUUAUAUUCUGUUAGUAAAUCAUGCAUGGUAAUGAAUUAUUACCAUGAUAGCCUAAUCAAGCCAUCUUUUUUUAGGUUUCUAAAAAUAAAUUUAGAACAUAUUAUGUUUCCGUAGUGCCUGUCCUUCUAUAUAUACAGCCACGGCUUUUGAUUUGUUUGACAAAGAUUUAUAUUAUUUAUAACAUUAUUGUAAUUAGGUAUAUAUUAUUAUUAUUAAUUUGAAUAUGAGUGGUGAAUAAAUUCGUACCAGCUACUAUUAAACAAUAGGUACCAAAGUAUAAGUAGUACUUAAAGAAUUUAAAAAUGUCCCGUCGACUAGUUGCAAUGUAAAAGUAAAAGCAUUACAACAAUACUAGUGAGGUACCAAAUUCUUUCAAAAUUGUACAUGACAUUAUAGCUCGAAUUAUGGUUUAUUGUAGGUAGGUACUUACUAUAGAAAUUCAAUUUUUGAAUUAUUGUUGAAAUUAAUUAUAUUUUGGUACUAAUCAUAAUACAUAUAUUCUUAAACAAUUUUGUUGUUCAACAACAAAAAGGAUUUAUAAUUUUUCGUAAUACUCGUAUUUUAUAUUUUAUCAUAAAUAAUAAUAAUUAUUGUUGGUGGUUAUUUUUUAAAAAUGGAAUUUCUAUUUUAUUUUUUAAACGUUACAAAAGGUACAAGCCAGAAGGUAUAUCUAUAAGUAUAAUUAUUAAUUAUGAUCAAUAGAGAACGUCUACAUAAUAUCUUACGGGUUGCAUACUCGCUUCGGCAUAUUAUUAUUAUAUUUCUUCAUACAAAGAUUUUUUUUUCUCCAAUCUAAAGGGGCAUUAUAAUAAAAAAAUAAAUAAAAAUAUAAUAUCCACAUUAGUUGUUUGUUCAGGUUUAUUUCCAAGUGUGUUGUCCAUAUACAAAUCUAGUCAUAGUAUAAUAUAGGUAUAAUAUUAUGUAGUAAACGUUAUAAUAUGUUGGGCUCCCCGUUGGGUUCGAGCCCGAUAUGAUUCCGCCGCCACCAUCGUGUGGAGAUCACUCGUAUUAAAUAUACAAGGACGUCCCUCGGCUUUUUGAAUAAUUCGGUUUCUAAUUUUAAAUUAAGGUAAAAUAAUGUCUAGAAAAUAUUAAAUAUAGGUAGGUAUACUGAACGUACGGGCUUAUAAUGAAAUAAAUGAUAAUUUUAAAAUAUAAAAAAAUGAAAAACAAUAUUUUAUGGAACCUCAUGUAUCCACUGUUUGCAUCGUGGGUAUUAUUUUCCGUUAUAAAUAAACAGGGUAAUUUAUUAAUUUAUAAAAAAAAAACUACGAAACGUUUCGAAUUGCGUUUAUAGCACCCAAUUAUUAUUUGAAUUAUAUUUAUGCGUAUAUAUAUAUAUAAUUUUUGCUUAUUCUGGGCCCUGUAUGCUCAUCGUCACUUCCACUACACCUUUUCAUGUCUCCCUGUCCUUAGCCAGUUGUUUUCAUAUCAUCCUAUUUCCAAGAGCUUGAGGUCUUCCCUGAAUCGGUCGAUCCACUGCUAUUGUGGCGAUCCUCUCUGUUGUUUCCGUUUGGUCUCCACAUUGUGAUCUCAUUUACUGUUUGGUCCUCCGCUUUCCAUGCGUGACUGGGGCCCAGCUUAUCCAUCUGCUUUUGAGAGUUCCCACUAUGUCUUGCUCAUUGACUAUUUCUCUCAGCCCUUAAUUUGUUUUUCAUUCAUAUAUAUUCUCCUCGUUUCUUUUAGGACUAUAGAUUUUACGUACGAUUUUCCUUUCGGAUAUUAUAAGUCGUUUUUCAUUCAAUUUUAUUGACGCUCCGUAUGCAUAUAAGACUCUAAAUCUAAUGAGCACUUUAUAAAGUCUUAGUUUUGUAUUUAUAGACAGUAAUCUUAACUUAAAUAAUGGUCUAAAAUAAAACUUAUUUCGUGCCGCUAUUUUCCUGUUAAUCUCUUCGUGACUAUUUGCUUAUUGGUUAAUAUCAUCUUCUAGAUAUUUAAAAUUUGGUAUCCUUUUGAAAAUUAAGUCUCCUAUUACUAGCUAAUUUUUGUAUAUGAUGUUCUUUUCGAGAUAUUAUCAGGUAUUUCGUUUUUCGCUCAUUAAUUUGUAGUCCAAUUUCCUCUUAUUAAUUAGCUUAACAGCCGUCCGUCUUACACCUUCUUCGGACUCUUUUAUAAUUAUUGUCGUCCGCAUAUGCUGUUAAUGUUAUUUGAAGUCAUUCAGUUAUGCUUAAAACCGUAACACCAUCAUCAUCAAGUACUUUUCUCACUUCUGACUUUAGUCAGAAGUUAUGUUAAAUAAUGUAGGGGACAGAGCGUCUCCCUGUAUUAAGCCUGUCCCCACUGAAAAAUCUUCUCCGUUAAACUUAAAUUUACACUUUGUUGCACACAUGCCUUUACCAGGGAUUAUAAGAUGAGUCAUUCUUUCUAGAGCUAUUUUGAUUUAUGGAGUCGCCUGUCUAAAACCCACAAAUAAUAGUUACAUAUCCAUGUCGAAUUCGUGACUUUAAAUUAAAUAUUAAUUUUUAUAAAUAUAUAUAUAUAUAAUAUAAUGUAGAUGAAAAAUGAUAAAAAAAUAUAACUCGGCAGAUUUGUACACGUUCGUUAAAGUCUCCCAAUGGUCCGAGCAGACUAAGGAAUGUUGGUUUUACUAUAUUAUAAUAUAUUAUUGUAGUGUGUAUUUUUUCCGAAGAAUUUCAAAAGGUACCUAAUGCGAUUUUUGUUAUAAGUUCGAGUAUUUGUGCAAAUUAUAUUUAAUAGCAAUAAAUAAUUUUACUUAAAGUAAUUAGGUAUGAGGUAUAUAAUAUAACGUUUUUGGUUCUUUUUACGUUGUGAUUUUAAUUCGUGUAUAAGAAAUAAAAUGUUAUAUAAAUGUAUACCUACGGACUUCUUUUUUUUCUUUUUUUCCUGUGCAUCGUAUCCCCUAAAUUUAUUAUUUCGCACCGGUUUUAUAUUCGAAUAAAAAUCCAGACGAAAACCAUCAUAUUAUUAUUAAUAUACAAAGUGAGAGAAGUAGAAAUAAAAAUCAGAACCCAAGCGUGUAUUUAUGUAUUGAUAGCCCGAAGCUCCUAGUGUCGAGAUCGGAUCGCGGGAAGGCCUGCUGUUGUAUGCGCAUACGCGCAUAAAAUAAUCCAUCAUUCCAACAUUCACGAACACACGCACUCACACACAUACACCCGUGGGCAGCCCGUCAGUUUUACCUAUGGAAUGCCACUGCACCCAAACAACAUUUUCGCCCGAUCUCCAUUCCCCCACCCCACUAUGUAUAAUAUAACGUGUAGUAUAUAUAUAGCUACUAUCUUUCUAACACAUCCUUUCUUUGGAAUAACUAAAGUAUUUUCGGCGCUUUAAAAUAUAUACAUAAUAUUUAUGUACCUAAUAUAAUAUUAUAAAAAAUAAAAUAAAAUAAAAAUAAAAAAUUGAUUUAAAAUAUUAUAAAAUAUAAUGAUAAUAAUAUAUAGGUAGGUACAAGUAUAUAGAAAACCGAAUAAUAAUUGUCUACAAUAUUUUGUGAUUACCUAAUAUAUAAGUAUAAUAGUAGGUACCUAUUUACCUACCUAUAUAAUACAGUUAAAAAACAUUUUUCUUCUUGUCAACCCAAUCCUGGACACAUUAUAAUAUUAUAUAGUCGGUAUGUAAUAUAAUAAUUGAAUAAUGAUAUGGCGUACGAAUUAUAAUUAUGAUUUAUUAUACAUAUACUACGGGCGUACCUGGAUUGGUAUAACACUGCACCGUUAAAAUACGCUUGCGUUCGCACGUGUGUGUGUGUGUGUGUGUGUGUGUGUAUAUGUAUAUGCGUGUGUGUACACGCGCGUGAGAGAGAACGAUAUAAAAAAAAAAAACCGUUGAGAUAAAUAUCUUGAAUCGUAAAGGUCUAAUUAUUAGUCGAGUACGGGUUGUUGCGAUAAAUUAAUAUACUCUAUAUAGACGCUGGACCGUAAGAUAUAUAGGUAUGCAAAUGUUCAGGCGCGCGUCUGCUGCAGUUGACCGCGUAAUGUAAUAAAAUAUAAUGCGGUGUUUCUUUAUACGAGAAGUAAAUGUUACAACCCAAAUGACGGUCGAUUAUAAGCGUUUAGUGCUCAGAAAAAGAAGUACUCGUAUAAUCAAUUUCCCUGUAACUUUGUAUUAAAUAGUAUGCACAAUAUUAUAAUCCAUCCAGUGCCGCAAUUAGACAUUCAUGUGCAUCCUUUCUUUUUCUGAAUUUCUUGUUUCUAUACAAAUUUGUUGACAAAAAUAUAAAAUAGGUAUACUUUCCUCUGAUCCGAGAAUAUAUUUCCCAGACUAUUGAUCGUUUAUCGUAAUUUAUCUUUUAUCAUUUAAUCAUUAAAAUUAAAAUUGAAUACAAAUUAAACAUACAAUUAGUAUAAGAUGUUUUAUUAGUUAUUACUUAAUUUUAAAGGUUGUAACACAUAUUAUACACAACCUUAAAAAAAAAUGUUUAACAAAAUAUAAUAUUUAGAAUUUAGUAUUUAAAAACAUUUGUUUGCCAAAAUGUAUGGUUUUAAUGCCUAAUCCAUUGGUAAAAUUGAAAUUUAACCAAUCGUACUUAUAGUAUAUAGAUACAAAAUCAUUCACUAAGUGUACUCACCUUAUUUUUUUUUUGCAUACAUUUAAAUUCUGAAAUUGGGAAUUUUUAAGUGUAGUUAAAGCCCAUAUUUUCGAAUACUUAAAAUUGUCUUAACAUUUAAGGAAUAUUCUGAAGUGAUACCAACUUUGGUUUUUUAAAUGAGAAUCUAUAUAAAAAUUACAUAAAUAUAUGGAGUACCUAUUACUUUAAAUAUAUUUUAAAACCAUCAUUUAUUUAAAGUAAUAUUACAUUUAUUUAUGGAAUUUUUAAUAUGGAUUUUCAUUUGAAAAACCAAAUUUGGUAUUCACUACAGAAUACUACCUAAAUGUUAUGAAAAAUCUUAAGUAUUCGUAAAUAUCAGCUUUAACUACACUUAAAAAUUCCAAACAUUAGAAUUUGAAUAUGUGCAAAAUUUAACCAAAAAAAUGGGGUGAGUACGCUUAGUGAAUCACCCUGUAUAUAUACGAGUAUAUUAUUGGCUAUAAAUUAUUGUGCUAACAAGUAACUUUAUACUUCGAAUGCAAUUGUAAAAUCCUGUUUAGUAAUUAAUUUUUUACACUUGUCUUUUUUUUUUUUAGAUUACAAUACAUUUCUUUUACAAUAGUAUAAUAUAUUGCAAUGAACAAUUGGAAUCGUUUUGAUUUGUUUAAUUGAUUACCCAGAUGUCUAGCGCCAAUCAGGUAACCAUUUAAUAUUAUGCAUUAUUUAUAUAUUAUACUAAAUUACAAUCAAUAUUACGAUCACCUCCACAAUUAUUUACCACUAACUAUACGGCAUGGGCGUAAAAACCGGAUGCUCGAGACUCUAGUAAUAUAACUGAAUGCAGAUGGGACCUGGUGAGGUAACAGUGAAUGUCGUGUCUUUGGAUUUUGAUCGAUUUAUCGCCAAACGUCACUCUAUCUCGUUGCAAUGUCUUUGUACCUAUUUCUUAUUUCUUAUUCCAUUAUCCGGGUUUGUUUCUCCGUUGUUAGAUGCAUCCGGAACAACACUAUUCCGUAAAUGCAAACUUGACCACGCAUGUGGCAUACUAAAUCUUCUGUAUAAAUCAUCACUGUAAAAACUUGCUAUCCAGUAUUAUAUUAUUAUAUAGGUGUGUAUACAAUGAACUCAGAACGAUUGCUUUUUAAAAUGUAUCAACUGUUAAUUUUAUAUGUGCAAUUUGUGUAUUAUUAUAUUCACAUAAUAAUAACAUCUAAAUUUUAAAAGUAUUUUUAAACUAUUGAGUGUUUUUAUUUUAAUAUUUACCCAUACGUGUAUUUAUAGUAUAUAUUCUUACUUAGGUUAAACAAAAUAAUUUUAGUUAAUAUAUAUUGUGUCUAAAUCAGGACAAUAACUUUUAUUAAGUAUAUUCAAAGUAUAUAUAUAUAUAUAUAUUUUAAUAAUUCAUCAUUUUUACACAUAUUAAAUCACGAUAUAACAUAACAUGUUACUUAUUUAUUAAUGUAUUUAAAAAAAAGUCCAUGAUAGCCUUUUAUACAUUUGUUUUGAAGCAAAAUGAUUUUAUUAAUUGUUAUAUGAAAAAGUACUCAUGUAAUAUGAUAAUAUUUUUCAUACACUGUGAUUAUUUAUUAGUUACAUUUUCAUUCUUCUAGUUGUGUUAACAAAAAAUAUUUUAAUUUUUGUUAACUUAAAAAAAUUAUAGAAAAUUAACAAUAUCUUAACAUAAAACGGCUAUCUUGAAUUCGUAAACAAUUCGAAUCAAAUUUGUUAGUUUUAUUAAAAAAAAAAAAAAAAUUAUUGAACAAAACAAGUUAUUGCAUUAAUUAGAUGAAAAUGUGUGUUUUUUGUUUCUGUCAUCAUUUUGUUUAGGUAAUUAAAUAAUGGCAUCCAAAAUUUAAGUUAAAAUUCACGCGGUCGGUGUACUUACACUAGCGUAAACCGUUUUUACAGCUAUUAUAUGUACCACAAUAAAGUAGAUCGUUUUAUUCCGACAAGUUGGGAACAAAUGUGCAUUGAUGAACUUUUAUGAUACCAUUGCUAUGACUAGGACUGUGCUAGUUCAUCCUGUAUAUAAUUUAAUAUAGUGGACCGUAAUAGUAUAAAAUGCAGCUAGCGACUGAUCCAUUCGAGUUUUACGCAUAGGUUGAAUAUAUACGUCUAAGCAAGCUGUAGCAACCACUUGUUUGGAUACCAUACGAUAACGGACAUUUAACAACCAUAUAGUUUGACUCACUGCACGAUACCGAUCGCUCCUGUAGUUUCUGCGUAGGAUGACCGCUCUAUCUUUUGAAUCUCCGCACGAGUAACACUUUAAAUAAUAACGACAAACGUAAUAAAAUAAAAAAAAAAUAAAUAAUAACCUGUUGCUAUUACAUUGUAAUAUUAUCAUGUGAACGCAUUCCCUUCGGGUGUUUUACAUUGUGUUAAAUCUUCGUUUUUUUACUAUUUCAUGUUAUUUUUAAUUUAUUAUAUUGCUCCGAUUAAUUUUGCGCAAUCACUGAACGGAUUUCGUAGGUAGAUUUUAUCUUGACACAUUAUGAUUUGUAGUUUGGGUGGUCCUUAUAGAUAAUACCACAUAUGAGUUAAUGAGUAUAAUGAAUUGCUCCAAGGAAAAGGAGGAGUUUGAAAAAUAUUUUCUAUAACUAUUGUUAUUUUGUGUUGUGUGGGCAAUACCUUUAAAUAUUUUGCCAAAAUAUAUGAGUGAACUUCAAUAAUUUUUUUUUUUUUGACUUAUAAAUGCGAUGAUUUUUAUGAACCAUUUCAUAAUGAAUCUUACAGCUAGUAGAUUAUAAUUUUUAUUACCUACCGCUACAAAAUGCAAGUGUCUUUUAAAAGUACAAUUUUGUGUUUUUUUUUUUUAAAUAGCUAAUAAAUUAUAUUAUGUGUUGUACACAUCUAUAAAUAACUCAUUAAGUUGAAAAUUUUCAAAUAAAUGAAUUGUAAGUUCAAUCCAAAUAUUUUUCUUGUGAUUAAAAAACCUCUUAGGCUUACAAUAGUCGUAUAUUAUAACUUGCUAAAGUUGAAAUUUAAAUUAAAUUUAUUGCGUUAUUCGUUUAUUUGAAAACAAAUACUUGUAAAAUAAAAGUCAACUCUGACGAAUAUUUGCCAUUUUAGCCGUCAUACUCGUAACAUUCAUUCAAACGUAUAGUAAUAUGCUAUAAUACAUAUGUCAGUGUCGAUUUUUUUUAUAUUUUUCUGUGGUGGGGAGUCCAUCAACUUAUCGAAUUUCCUCAUGACAUAGAUGCUGAUAUUAGAUAAUAGUUAUUAAUAGAUUAAAUUAAUAAAAAAUAAUUAUUUAUACAUAUUAAAAAUAGCAUCAGUUUAUUUCAAUAAAUAAUUAAAUAUUUUUUAUUUAAAAUGAUAUUUAACAAUUUCAAAUUAAAAAAUUUAAAUAAUUUAAUUUAAAUUUAAUAACUUUUUACUAAGUUUAUCCAAAAUUUCAUCGAUAAUCUUUACUGUUAAUGAAUAACAUUUCCAAUCCGUUAGUUUAUUUUUUGAAAAAAAAUAAAUUUUAAAUUUUACUCAAAUAAAAAUAAUAUAAAUAUUUUAUUAAAUAAAACUAUGCUUUUACUUCAAUUUCGAACAAUUUUCUUUCAUUUUACGCUGUCGAAAGCGGAACUGUUACUGGUAUUUGAAGCAAUUUUAAUAUACCAGAAUAUACCAUAUUAUUAUUGCAUAAUAUUCAUAGAUUCAUUAUAAUUUUAUAGCCACUAUCUACAUGAAUCAGUAUCGGCAUACAUUUCAAUAUCAUUAGUUAUCUUUUAUUUUCUGGGAGGUGGUCCAGGAGUACUAGAUUAUUUUUAUAUUUUAUUAAGUACAUGAUUAUCGUUAUGUUAUUUAAUAGGGAAGGUAGGAUACAGAAAAUAAUUUAAUGUAUAUCUGUAAACAGCGAAAAUUUCUAACUAACAAAACGAUUUUGAAUGGAGUUCAGUUGAUAGUGAUACUUAAGUAUAGAAUAAAGAAAUAUACUAUACAAAUUAAUAGUUAAAAGAUUGUAUUGAAAUCGAAAUUUAUUUUAUUUUAAUAUAGCUCGGUCUUUAAUAUUGCCUUCUCAACAAUGUGCGUUUCCAUGACAAAAAUAUUAAAAUAAUUAAAAUUUAAUAAUAACAAAAAAUAAAAAUGGUUGCUUAUGGUUUUUCUAUAAGUGUUUUGUUUGAAAACAUAGCUUUUCUUAAAAUUGUCGUUUCAAAAUUUUGAUUUUCUAAAACAAGCACCCAAAUUAGCCAAUAUAUUUAUACAAACUACAAAGUAUGAACAUAUUAAUUGUUUAAUAAAUAAUAACCAAUUGCAUAUUAUAAUUUAGUCUGUUAGUAUUAUUAUUAUAAUUCACUCGAUGGUUAAUAAGUAUUCAUUAGUAACUAAAAAACUGUUCAAACUUAUUUUAAUUAAAAUAAGUAGUAUUUUUUAAAUUAAUGUACAUAAAAUAAUAAAGUUUAUAUCAAAGAUAAUUUGUAAAAUCUCCCAAGUCAUAAUGCAUGUAUGUUUUUAACAUUGGAAAUACGUUAAGUCGGUUUCAGUGACAUAAAAAAAACUACUAUAAUAUAUGAAUAAAACGACAGACACAUUUUGUUCUUGUCUUACAUUGUGUUAUACAACAUAUAGAUACUUGUCAACCACAAUUUAUUCGAUUCACUGAGAACCCCACCCAAAAGAACUGUAUUAUUUUGGAUAUGUUUGAUGAAUAAUAUUGUGCGAAAAACUGAAUAUUCCUUCAAACUCACAACUUGUAUUUCCCAUGAUAUAUACAGUCUUGAACAUAAUAAAGUCAAAAACAAAAAUAAAUUGGAACAUUACAAUGAUAUAUAAGUCUAUAAAUAAAUCGGUAAUUUACAUAUAGAUAGUUUAGUUUAUCAAUCAACAUGUAUCUAAAAAUAAAAAAACAUGUCAUUAUUAAUUAAAUUAUAAGUAAGUAAUCAGAUGGGUAAUCUAUUAGUUAUAAUUAUAAAUAUUUAAUUAUCUAAAAGUUAAUAAGUAUUCAAUUCUAUCGUACGUAGUUUUUUUUUUUUUUACUAAUGCCCAAAAUGUUCGUAUUUUUGUAUGAUUAUAUUAACGAAAAAAUGCCUUUUCUACAUCAUAACAGAUGUGACUUUAAUUCUACAUAAUAUAUAUAAGUAUUAAGUAUUUAUAAUAUGUGUAGGUAAUAUUUUUCAAAAUAAGAUACAAACGAAAAUGAUUCGCAGUGGUGUAACCGAAGCUAAUUUAAAAAGGGUGGAGGGUUUGAAAAGUCUAUUUUUUAAGUGUUUUACCAUGAAAAAUAAGUACCCAUAACCUUAAGUACAUAAUAUAUUAUACAUUUUUGUCGUUAUGUGAACAUCCGGAAUAACAAUGAUUCGUUACGUAUUUUCUUUACUCGUAUAGCUUCACGGUUAAUAAAAAUAGGAAGCUUCCGGCGACCAUGGAGAACUUAUAAUUGAAAAGAACAAUUGAAAAUACCGUGAAAAGCCGAUUUGUAUGAAAUAGUAAAGAAGAAUGCAGUGUAUAAUAUAUACGAGGGAAUAAGAAAACCGAAAAUAUUUUUUAAUUUUUUUUAAGUAGGGUCUUAGAUUAGUCUCGCACAUGUUUUCCGUAUUAGUCACAAAGGUUCAGCCGAUCAUGGUAUGCUACGAUUUAGUCGAUAUAGAUAUUAAAUAGUAAUAGAGUGAUGCAACCAAAAUUUCAGUUUUAUUUUUAUCAACAUUUUGUAGUUUUUUUUUUGUCUAAUUAUAUUUAUAUCAUACCUAUACGUAUAAUUUACGAUUAAAGAAAUUAAUUUUAAUUGUAAAUAUUUCUUACACACAUAAUAAUGUAAACGCUGCAUAAAAUGUCACUAAAAAGCAAUUGCGCCUCUUGCAAAGAUCGUGACUACUGCUCUACAGCAAUCGAUAGAUAGUCCUCGAGAAAUAGGAAAAAUCUCGUUUAUUCACACGUUUCGUGCAUUAUCUUCUAUAGGUAACUAGUUUAUUGCAAUCCGGUAGCCGUAAUUUCUGAAUCUGUCCGUUCCGCGACACUUAAUAAAAAUCCAAUCUCUACCCGUUGCAUAUUAAUUACCCUCCAUAUAUAAUAUAAUCACCCAUUAAUUUGAUAUCGACUGAGCAUUUUCCACCAUGUGUAUACGUGUAUUCACGACCAUUGAACUCAAAAUCUUGACAUGUUUUAAGUAAAUAACCAGUUUAUACACACACACGUUUAUACUUACACAUUCACACGUAUAAGUGACUUGUUACUUAACAGCGUUGCGAUUACUAAUAUGCUACUAGUAGCCACAUAUGGUAAAUUACGUUUUCAUGUAUAUACCCAAACGUCCCAAACGCCACAACGGACCACCAAAUUAGGAAUACGAUGCCAUUUUUUAAUGGCCCAUAAGUUUUUCUCUUUUAUUUCAACAUAAACUUUUAUUUGUGUCUAUACUAUACGAAUAUUUACAAAUAAAUAUUGUCAUAUUAGUAUUAUUUUUUUAUUUGUGAAAAUUCUUUGUCUUACGAAGUUUUCCCGUUAAAUUUUAUAGUCUGUACCAUUUAAACUAUGUAUUGUACGAUUGUUUCUUAAAUGAAAAAUACAUUUUACUAUAAGCUUAUGAAAAAUCGUAUUAUACAAAAAAAUAUAAAACACAUCAAGUGAAAAAAGAAGUAUACUAUAAAUGACCAUUGUCCAUACAGAAAUGAAGAAUUUAAGGAAUUUGGUGGUUGGAGAACAUUUAAGGAAUUUAGGUUAAAAACUAUAUAGGUAUUGUAUGUUGGAACUAGAAAGCAUAAGUUUUAUUAGUGUGCGUGUAUUUGUGUGAUUUAUUAUAAAGCCGGUUCACCCACCAUUAUAUUCUGUAUAAGAGAAAGCGAAUCUCCAAGUUAAAAAAUGUGUAAUAAAAAUUAAAAAAAAAUACCAAAAAUACCUAGUUAAAUAUCAUUAAGCACUUUUAAAGUCAGUUUAAAAUAUUAAAAUUAAUAUCAAGAAAACUGUAGAAAAUUAUGUCUAAAUUGAGAUAUUUUAUACUUUAUUUAUUUAUUUUUUUUUUAAACAAAAAGUGAAGUUUUAUUUGAAAAUCUGGUUUGAUAAUUUAACACGCCGCUUAUACUGUAUUGAAUACCGGUUGUUUUUUUUAAAAGUAUUAUUAAACGAAGGCAAUUCUUUAAUCUUCAGUGUUUUUUUUUAAUUUAUAGAAAAAACAUUGUUAAUAUCUCUUUAACUAUUUCGUUUGAAAUUUCUAUAUUUUUUAAUACUAGACCAUUAUUAUAAAAUGUUGACAUUUUAGCUGUCGGCUAUAUUAUAUUAUUAGUCAUUAUCAUGUUUUUGUACGGACUGAUUUAAAGUAUACAAUAAAUGAAAACAUAUAGUAAUAUAAAGAAUUCGGUAAACGAUUUUCUGGUUGAAAUUUUUAUACUUUACAUGUCAAAUUUGUAAAUCCAAUUAAACAUAAUAUUAUUAUAAUCCUAUAUUACAUUGUAAAGAUAUUUUAUUAAACAAUCGUGAUGAUGCAUCAUAUUUUUUAAAGAUUCUGGUACCAUUUUUGUGAAGUUUACUAUUUUAAAUACGUUUCUUCUUUAUUUUAAUACUUCUUGUUCAUAUAUUUAUUAUUUUUUAAUACAAUUUAAGUGAGGCGUGACAAAAAAACGGAGGAUAACUGUCGACUUACUAUUAGAAUGUUUUAGCAUGUUUUAUCUAAAUCUCAAAAAAGCAAUCAUGUCAAUGUUUCUGAUAUAAGUAUGUAAACUCAUGUGUAUACCAGACGUGACACUCCGGAUGAGGGAGGUUGUAAGAUAUAGGCUUUUUUUCUUUGAAUCACUAGCACAACUAAAGACCUGAAGUAGGAAAAUCUUCUUUUACUAAAAUAAUAAUUUUAAAUACAAGUGUCUACCCUUAGAAAAUUAAAAACGUGGCUUCGCUCAAGAAUUUCAGAAAAUAGGUUAUUAAAUUUGUAUUAACUAAAUGCAGAAUUUUUUUAUGUUUAACGAUAUUAAUAGCAUUUUAGAUGUUAAAACCAAAAUCAAUUUUUUUGUGUAUAUGUAAAUGAGUUAUAUAUUAAUAUAUAUAUAUAUAUCUUUUUGUUAUCUGUACCUCAGAAAUUAGCCCCUGGAAUUGCGCCUGUUUUAUACUUAAUAACACAUGGCAUAUUAAAUAUUAUAACCUAUACAUAUUUUGUUUAAUAGUAAUGUAUAUGUGUAUAAGGACUGGCAUAAUACUAUGCGUUGUUCAAAUAAAGGUAAACCUCUUAAGGAGUAUGUGAUAAUUUAUAUGUAGUAUGCUCAUGUACGAGUAAUGUUAUUGCAUAACAAUAUUAGUAUAGAACUCAAUUUGCUGAAGUGUUUAUAAUAUAUUUUAUAUCAUUGUCAAUUGCUUAUAUGAAAAAAAAAGUAAAUAUAAAUAAAGAUUGUUGCCGUUAUUUAUGUUAAAUUUAAAUUUAAAUUUAAAAAAAAAAUACAAAUGUGUUAACGCUCUAUUUUUAAUAUAUAUAUUGUUUGUAAUUUAUCUUGAUUAAUUAUUUUUAAAGGCAAUUUCAAGGACAUUACUAUAUUGUCUACACGAUAGACAUUACUAUUUUCGUUUCAUCAGCAAUAAUUAACAAAGAAACCAUCAACAUAUUAUGUAUUAAGUUAUUUUUUUUUUAUCGGGUUUGUAUUAGAGGAGAUCUUUGAACCUGGCGAAAAAUCGGUUUAGCCUUAGGCACUUGCAUUCUUCGGAUUUACUCCCUUGUGGUUGGCUCUCAUUAGAUCAAGUUGCCUCCGGUGGCACAUACUCAUACAUACAUGACUACAUGAGUCGUUAUACCACGAUCGCUAUAGUCACGACGAUGAGGAAAAGAAAGAAGAAGAAAACCCGUUCGAAAUACCUCUUAUUAAACAAUCAAUCUUAAUUUGACCAUCUACCACGUUUUUCAUGUUAUUUGUAUUGUAUGCAAAAUUUGUUCCACUUUUCGCUGAUAUCUACCCACAAGCCAAUAGUAAUCUUGACCGUAGGUGUGUAAUAUAAGCUCGUAUAUGUAUAUGUAGUUAUUACUUGUUACAUAAUUUCAUACACGUUUAUAUAAAAGACAAUAGAUGUUAAACAUCACGUGGUGAUUUCAAGUGUACAAAUAUGAUUGGAACUGUAAAUAAUAGGAACUAUAAGAAUCAACUACAUAGCUACAUUUAUAUCAAAAUAUAUUAUUUGUCAUAUCUUAUACGUUUAUCUAGUUAUCGUUAUAAGUCUAACCAUGGUUAGAUUAUAUGAUUUACAUUAUAAUCACGGUUAUAACUGAUAGCUAGAUAGGUCGAAACACAAAUAAUAAUAUCAUACUUAAAUGUGUUCGUAUUGCAGUUAAUGUGAUGUAAAAAAAAAGGAGCUGAAACUGGGAACGGGUAUGUCCACUCUUGUAGGUGGGUAGUGGGGAAGGUGGAAUACAUAAAGUUAUUUAAUUUAUAUCUAUAACCAACGGUAAACAAUUGAUAACGAAAAACGAUUUGAAACAAAGUUCUGUUACACAAGUUAUGAAUGGUCGUAAUAUUUACGAUUUCCAUCAAAUUUUGAUUUUAAAAUUCUUAAACAAAUUUUAAAAAUACUACAUUAAACUAAUUUUUUUUUACCAAUAAGUACGACUUAUAAUGAACCUCUUGUCAAAUUUAUAAGCAUUUUUGUUAAGUAUAACAAUUUAUUUCCAGUGUACCUACCAAAUAAAAAUUAUGUAAAAAACUAGCAAAAUUUAAAUGUCUAUAAAUAGUAGCUCAAAUACAUUAUUUUGAAUUAAAAAAAGGUCUCAUGUUAUUUAUCUAUUGGAGCAAUAUUUAUGGUGGAAAACAUAAGCCGUACAAAAUUAAAAUAAAAUCGUUGUGCCAUAAUUUAAACAAAUUCGUAUAUUUCGUCUUUCCCAAUUAUUAUGAAAAAUACUUUAGAUAUCGUAAAACUACUUGCUCUUUCUGUAGCGAAAUAUUUGAAUAGGAACAAAAUUGAUCUUUUAUCAUUAAUAAAAACACAAUUUAUUAGUUACUUUAAUAUCUCAUGCGUAAUGCUUUGUUGUAGAGGAAUUUUUAAGGAGUUUAUUAUCGUAUACUUUUUUAAACUGAAGUUAUCGUUACAAAUAAAAAUGGAUCACUGUUGAAUGAUAAGAAAAUGCAAUGAUUGAUGAUCUCAUUAACGCGAAAACUGCAGUAAACUAAACGAGAAUCAACCGCAAACAUUUCGUUAGAAAUGGUUUGAUAGAUUUAAAAAUAAUAUUUUUUAUUUUUUGACAGUCAAAUAAUUUGAGUAAUCAUUUUGUUUUCACAUAUUAAUUUAUGAUACUUUCAAACCACGAUGGCCUGACGUGAAAGAAAGACAAAUGAGAUCGAGACAAAUACGAUCUGACGAUUGUACAAAACACGAUGAUGUGUGCACGAGCGCUCUUUAAAUAACGUACAUAUUAUACUGUAACUACAAAACAUGGUCUCUAUUAGUGUUUUCCAUCUGACUGUGGGUACUCGUAUACACUUUUUACCUGCUAUCACCUGUCAUACUAAAUUUAAUUUGCAAAUUCCAUAUGGUGGUGUAAUGCAAUAUUACAGCAUAUUAUUACAGUAUCUACACUGGCAGUGUAAAAAUUGCCACCGUCAAAAUUGAUGGUGUGACAGUGUAGAUUAUGUUUGAUAAGUAAAAUCUUAUAUGUGAUCUGUGUUUUACUUUGGUAACUGUUAUCAAAUUAACGAUAUACAUAAUGAUUAGAAAAAAAAACAGAAAUCGAAUUCACUUAAAAUCUUCUGAGAUAAUUGCUAGUUCAAAAUAAAAAUAAACCACCCUGUAUAUUACGAUAAUACGACAAUAUUUAUAGUUCAUUUUAUAUUUUAACAUUAGGUACACUUGUAAAGUGUGAUAUACUGAUAUUACUGACAUCGUUUAAUAUACACGAGUGUAUUUAGAUGGAAAACGUUAUAAAUUUGUAUGACUGCAGUCAUACAAAAAUUAUAUGGAGUUCUAUAGAAUUGAAAGAAUAAAUUAUAUUAAAUAUCGGUACAAUAUGCAAGUUAAAAUAAUUCUAUGGUUAAUAGUGAUCGUUGUAUUCGUGUUAAAUAUUAUUGUAUUUAGAGUUCUUAUUUUAUAUUUUUAAUAUACAGGCUGUCCCAUGAAGAUAUACCCCUUGAAUAUCUCCAAAGAUAAUAAAGAUAAUCAAAAUCUGUUUUUUUUUUUUUAUUACUCACUGGGAAGAGAACUACAAAUAUUUAUAUUUGAAUUAAUUGCUUUUUUAUUAUUAAACAAAUUUAAAAAUAACUUUAUUUUAUUAUUUUAGAAAAAUUGUAAUGUAUCACACAUUUAUAUCCGAUGAAUAGUUUCUAAGUAACAGCCAUUUCUGAAUUUUACUAGUCCGUGUGAAAACCAAUGUUAUCGCUUAACACGGUUAGAUUAUUCCAUAAGAUCGGAUAGCAUCAGUUUUCACACGGAUUGGUAGAAUUUGAAAUGGCUAUAUUUUCGUGGAUAGCUUUUAUAGAUAAUAAGUUAGUAUUCAUUUUUACCACUCAAUCUUUUGUAUAUUCAACUUGAUUGACAAGUUAAAAAGUUUUUGUAAACUAGUUAGGAAAGCCCACUCUGUGACCGUAACAAGUGCACGGUUUUUUGAAACUUCUUUUGAACAAUAAAGUAUAAUUCCAUAAAUAAUAUCGAAAGAAUUAUACCACGCAAUUAUUUUUACACGUAGAAACCUAAAUUAAAUAAAUGAAAUAUCUUAAUUUAUAAAUAUAGUUGAUCAAAUAUUUUAAAAUCCUUGAAUUACUUUUAUUUUGCCAUUAUAGUACCUAAUGUAAUGUGACUAAUAGUAUGAAUUAUUAUUGUAUACAUAAAUAUUUAUAUUUAAAUUAAUAAUAAUAACAAUAAUGUAUCAAAUAAUCCGGGGAAAAUAAAGCUCAGUGUAUAUUGGGGUUAAGAGUAUAUUUAAAAGCAAACCGGGGAGAGACGAACACUCCGUCGCUCCCCUGGAUUUGGCACUGCGAAUAAUAUUUACGUAUAUCUCUCUGUCAACCAAAUAAAUAUCCAUAACUAUGUAAGUACUAGUAAAUAUUAUACGGGCGGGUGUGCAUGGACUCACGGAGAUUUAAGGUGUUCUAAACUUAUGUUAAUAUACCUGAAAUAAUCAAGGUUUCACUAGUAAAAAAACUGAAUUAAAAAAAUAAUAAUAAUAAACUGUAUUAAAACAGUAAAAUAUGUGUUUUGGUGAUGUAAUUUUCGAUUAACAGUUUACUUCUUGGUUGUAAUAUCGCCAAAGCGGUUUAUUUACCGUACAGUAUUUUACCAAUAAAUAUAACCGAAGACAGUAAAAUUAGUUCAUAAAUGUUUGCUUAUUUAGGCAACAUGGCUAUCUAAAAAUUCUUUCAAUUAUCAAACAGUUGUUGUAAAAAAUAUCGCCAAAAAAGUUUAUCCGUUAAACUAGGAAUCAGAUUGUUGAAAACCGCAUUGCCAAAACACGCCUAGUAUUAGAUGAAAAUUGACGUAGAUUAAAAUUGUUCCGUUUUUUAUAGGCGAACAUCGAAAGUAAAGAAUGACACAUGAGGGUCGUUUGUCGCCGGUGAUAUGCCCGCUAGCAAAGUUAGGCCGAUCGUCUCCCGGUUCUCUGGAAUUUACCCCGUCCGUACGGAACGCGCCGUAUCACCCGUACACGGUGCUAGAAGCUGAAACUAGCUUCACGUACAGUCCGACUUUACGGUGCAGCUCGCCGUGCUUGGACCAAGGAUACCACACGUUAGUUACCGGUGGUGGUGGUGGUUGCGGCGGCGGCGGCGGUGGUAGCAACGGCGGUUGUACUAUCCUGCCAUCGCUGCAGCACUCUUCUACGGCCAUCAACAACAAGCACCGGCGUUCGCAGUCCCGGACGGUCAUCGGUCCCAAUUUUGAUCGGCUCCGAGAUGAACUGGUACUCAAGAUAUUCUCGUACCUCAACAGCGCGGACCUGUGCGCGUGCGCGGCGGUGUGCCACCGAUGGGAGAACCUCGCGUGGGAGCCUGUCCUGUGGCGGACGAUCGCUUUGUGCGGCGAGAACACCUGCGGCGACAAGGCGGUCAGGUGCGUGUUGCGCCGACUGUGCGGUCGAACCAGAACGGGCGCUUGUCCCGAAGUACAGAGGUUGUUCCUCAGCGACGGCACGAAGAUAUCGGACAAGGGCUUGACAGCGUUAGCCAGGCGGUGUCCCGAACUCACGCACGUCCAGCUCCACGGAAGUCCGAACAUCUCCAACGCGGCUAUAUCCGAAUUGGUCUCUCGUUGUCCUAACCUUCAGCACCUAGACGUAACGGGUAAGUGCGAAUAUUUGUUAGGUAUACUAACAAAUUAUUUCGUGUAAUUAUUUGGAUGAUUAUAAUUAAACAUGCAGAUUUGUAAGUUAUAAUUUUAAACUUAUAAACUUAUAAGAUCCCUUUUACAAAAAUAAGUGGAUUCUAAGAGAACGAGUGACUUAUUGUAGGAAUGAGUGUGGGUAUUGGUACGAAUCUGCAUUGAGUUGUUUGUUAAUUGUUUUUCCGAUAACCGUAAAACUAUGCGUUAUAACUAAGUGUAUUUAUAUUGUUAAACAAAAGUUAAUACAGUCAUUAUGAUGUAAUUUUUGACGCCGCCGCCGAAUCGAUAAAUAUAUAGCAUAUAAUACAUUUUCUUUAAAUGUCAUUCGGUAAUUAUAAACGCCAUCCAAAGAAGAACCGCAGUAUAAACACUCCGGGCAUUGACAAAUGGUUAUAAUUUAUAAUAAUAUUAUAAUACGGCACUGCUGAUCGCGGCCAAGGUCUCUAAUAGACGUGCGGACAGCUAUACACACUAUACACAUGACAUACAUACGCAUUAUCCACAGUGCAUAGAAAAGUACACACGUGCAUGAGACACGCACAAUAUAUUUUAUUACCAUAGCGGCUUUAUAUUAUGUCUGUGGUUAAAGUGGAAGGGGAACAGAGCUCCCUUUAUAGUUUAAGGUAAAACUAUCCGUUAAUUUUACAUUAAGUCAUUGAAGUCCGAGAAUGGACGUUUCAUGAUUAAUUACUGUCACUGGGGUAUUUUUAAUGACAUUAUGGUGGGUGGCUAUUCGUCGGGGAUUUGAAAGAUGUGUAACUUUAAAACUAGCUACUAUAUAAAAAAUGCGUUUUCCACGCAGUGCAGACUAUGCGAUACAAUUCCAAAUGUUGUAAUAAAAAUAUGAAUUAUAAAUUUAACAAUAUAAAAAAAUUAAAUAAACGUUGAUACAUUUAUAUUUACAUAUUAUAUUGUAGAUCAUCUUUGAAUGUCGUUCUUGGGAAUUUAGGUACUUGACCGCGGUCAAACGCAAUACAUUUUAAUUUUUUAAAACGCAGUUGAAAACAACAUUUCCUUAAAUAUUAUGCGUUGAUCAUUAUGGAUAUUGACAUUAUUUCCCGGGCAUUGCCGUAAUUUCCCAAUCGUCUUGGACCGUACCAGUGACUUAUCCAGAAUUUCUCAAUAGAGGGGUUAUAAAAACAAAUAGAAAUCAUAUGCUUAUCUAUUAACCCUAUGAGAUACAAAAGUUUAAACUGUUGAAAAUCUGAUAUUUUUUUUAAGCAUAUCAAAAUUUCUAGAAAAAUAUUACAUAUUUGUAUCUGUGAUUGAAAAGGGUGAGGGUUUACUAUUUAAAAAUCCAAAUUGGAUACCUAUUUAGAUACACGGAGUGGGGAUAAACAAUUUUAAAAAGAAAGUGUUAAAAUAAAGCUUAAUCGUUUACAUAAUGAUUAAAAAAAAAAAAUAGAAAUCACUAAAAAUCUUCCUAGAAAAUUGAUGAUUCAUGAUAAACUGAUCACCAUAAUAUAAAUUAUAUAUUUAAUAGGUAUAUACUUUUUAAUCAAUGACAUAUUAUAAAAAUAAAUCUUGCACGUCAUAAAUUAACAUAAAUAAGAAACGAUUUUAUGAUAAAAAUAUUUAUAAAUACGGACAACAGGAAGCCCCUUCUCUUACAAUCUCACGUAUAUUUUAUUAUAUGCACCCCCUGUGCAUGAGCCUCAUGCUCCACCCGGCACCCCCCUCGGCUACGUCACCGGACCGUACUAUAAUAUUAUAUACGUUAUUUAUUGCUUGCUUCUUUCUCGGUUCUGUAUUACGAUUCUUUGCGGUUCGAGAUUUCGUAGAAAACCCAUAUAAUAAAAUAUGUAUUAUCCUUCUCUAUCGUCGUGAUGGUGACGGUGUGUCGUAUACAGGGGAAUAUGGGCAUACAAAAAAAAGAAGGGGUGGGGAAAAUAUCCGCCGCCACUCGGGGUAUUUACUUUUUUAUUCUUUUCUUUACCGCAUCGUCGACGUCGGACCACGCACGUGUGUUUUAUCCGUCGUCGUCGCCGAGAUCGCACUAACAUUGUUAGUUCGCGCGCGGAAUUCGUUAUUAACCAGUAUAAUAUACGAGUAUUAUUAUAUACCUAUGCGGACGGACGCACGGCUCAUUGAAGAAGCCGUUUAGAGUUAUUUAUGGUGAAAAAAAGAAGUAUAUAUUGCAGGUACGGUUAGAAGAAAACUAUAAAGUCGAGGGGGGAAAAAAAAAAUUCCACACAAUUCCAUCUAUUUCGAUAUCACAAUCGGAGUAGAACGCUACACAUGAGUAUUAUUGUAUUACGGAAUCUCGCAGCAAGCACCGUGCACUGUAUAUAUACGAUGAAGAUUUACUAAUACGGAAACUUUAAAACUAUAUUAUUAUUAUUAUUAUUACAUAGUGUCUAUCACAGUUAGCGCAGUAUUAUUGUGACCCCGUCGUGGGACACUCUGUAUUUUGAUUUACAUUUUUGUUAAUUAUAGUCGGGUCAACGAAAAGUAAACUGCGAUCGACACCCGCCUACCAAGCGUUUUUCGUUAGGGUUACUCAAACUGUUUUCCAAUUAUCGAUAGCUCCAUGUCAAACGUUAACAGAAUUAUAGUGAAAUGCAGUGUCAUAGAUAAAAAAUGAAAUACGAAAUACGAUGAUAUACCUGUUGAAUAACAUCGUAUCCUUUCCGUCAGCUAUUGUAUUCCCAAACGCGUAGAACCCAUAAAAAUAAAUAAAAACGGUCAGUAGGCUCAUUUUCUCUGAACAUACUGGCUACUAUGUAUUCUUUAUGCGUCAAUACCCCCGUGCAGUGUACCAAACAUUAAUUUUAAUGUUACAAAUUUAUUUCGUUUUAGAUUCUGAGCAUACUCAGAAACCUCUUCAGAUGUCCUGCUAGAAUUUCUUGCUUGGCUCAUGCUAGGCAAUAGGCGUGUAUUAGUUUUCUAUGAUUUAUAAUUUUUUUUUCUGUUUGUGAACGCUUUUCUACCAAAAAUCUUGCUCCAAUCAAAAAAUGAUAAGAGAUCUUUUUUAAUGAAUUUUCGAUCUAGUUGGUACGUUGAGGUGAUUAUUUUUAUAUUGUCUAAAUGGUUUUCAUAAUAAUUGAAAAAAUCGGAAACGAAAAACCAACAAACUUACAGCGUAAACAAUUUCCAAACGAAAACAAAAUUAUAUUAAUUAUGCUGUUUAUAUAUUUCGAAUAUGAAUAGUUUUCGAGCGUUUAAUGAGAAACUAAUCUAUAAGUUGGUGCAUCGUUUUUUUGUUUCUAAUGGUUUAUCGUUGAGGUACAAAUAUCAAUUAAAUUAAUUCAAAUAUUAUACUCCCUUCCAACUUCCCUCCUUAUACACGAUACACCUAUCUGCAGUAUCGGUCUAUUUUUUAUUUAAAAAAAAAUCACGUGUGUGGGCUACAGUGAGCAACGGAAAUCGUAUCGGCGGUGGUGCAUAAAAUAUUUCUUGUAAAAAUAACAGUUUUCCUAGUCAAAGCUAGAUUAUAAUAUAUUAUAUGUAAUAGGGAUAAAAGAGCGUACCACAUUCGUUUUGAGUUAUGGUAUCCCUGAGAAUAUUUUGUUAAAAGGCUGUCGGUCUUAUGUUCUGAUAACAAGUAUUCGAAUGUUGGUUUUUUUUUUGCAAAUUUUUCUUUACAAUAUUUACAUUGCACUCGGUUUUCAGUUCACCUACACGAAUAUUUAAUUUUCAAUAAAUAAAAAAAUAUACCAUUGCAUAUAAAAUUCCAAACGUUUGUUAUUGACCUAUACACACGAAAUGUAAAAAAAAAAACAUAACAGGUUUAUACGUUUCGUACAAACUUUUAUUAAGUACUUGUAGAUUUUAUACUGGGUGGGAUACGAAAAAUUAUAUAUUAUUGUCGAAUAUCAUUGGAUCCAGUUAAUAAUGUUCAAUCUUGUCUUAUAUACCAUACUAUACUUAUAAUAACAGUAUAUAAACUAUACGAUUAGGUGUAUUAUUAUGUUAUAUUUUAUUAGGCAGGUAAUAAAAAAUAUUAUACCAGAUUUAAGAUCACCUAUAUAAAUAAAUACAUAAAUACCUACAUAAACAAAUAUAUCGCAGAACACAUGAUAUAACUUAUAAAAACCUCCAAAUUUCAAACGUAAUAGUGUCUAACAAAACGAAUAAAAAAUUAUUGCAUUAUUUAUUAUCAUUACAAUAUUUUAAUAAUAUAUAAUAUGCAUACAAAUUUUUAUAAAAAGAGCUGAUACUACGACGGGUAUGCCACUGUUGUACGUGGAGAAUUGAGAAAAUAGGAUACAUAGUUAUUGUAUUUUUAUAUAUAUAUAUAAAAACUCCCUGUGAUAUUGAUCCCCUCCCCACGGUCUAGUCCGAAUUACGCCACUGUAUAUAUAUAUUUAUAAGCUAUAAUAAUUGCAUUUCCUCGUUAUGCACAGCUUUUUAAACUCGACGCAUCAGUUAUAUUAACUAUUAAAUAUGUUUUAUAAAAUAAAUCACAAUUGAUUUCUUCCACAUGGUUAUAUAUUGUUGUAUUGAUCAUUCAUUCAUGCACAUAAAUUAUAAUACUAUACUAGUAUAUAUUUAAAUUAAAUAUAUCUACUUGCGACUAUAUAUAAUAUACUCUUAUAUUUUUAUUCGACACUGUAUAAAAGCAUAUUUUACAUCUGCGUAUAAUGUUAACUUUUUACUUCGUAAACGUUUAAUAUACUCGUACUUGCCUCAUGGGCGGUCAAAUAGAAGACAUAUCCUCCCGUGUUACCUAUUUUUUCUUAAAUAUUUGUAAUAACAUAUGUUUUAUUAUAUCUUUGUAGUUAUAAAAAAAUUAUAUAAAUAAUAAUACAAGUAGUUCUUAAAAACUAUCCUUAUCCCCCCCCCCAUGACAAAAUAACUUGACCACCAUAUUAUAAUACUAUAUAUCUAUAUUUAGUUAACUGUUCUUGUAUCUGCUUAUUUAUACUUAAACUUUAUUUAAAAUUAUUUACUGUUGGUUCAAAAUACAUAUUCUAUAAUAUAUAAUUAUUAUGAUUCGGUACCAAUGUAUAAAACACAAUAAAAAUAAUUUAUAGUUUUUGAAAUAUUGUUGUAUUAUACGGUGUAUACAUAUAUAUGUACAUUAUAAUUUAUAAACGUGCAGACGAUGUAUAUAUAAUUAAUAAUUACUAUUUCGGGGGUAUAAUUAAUUUUCGACUGUAAAAUUUAUCUCCAUUUUUUAUUUAUCUAUUUUUUUUUUUUGUCUUUAUUAUAUUAUAGGUUGUGUUAAGGUGAGUACGGUUGGAGUGUACAGUCGCCCGGAGCCGUCGUUGAGACUGUGCCUGCAGUAUUUGGACCUGACCGACUGCCAACUCGUCGACGACGCAAACCUGUGUGUGAUCGUUAGUAAUUGUCCGCAACUGGCCUACCUGUACCUACGGCGGUGCACAAAAGUUACAGGUAAUGUUAAUAAUUAAAUUAGUCGAAAUGAAUUGCAAUUUUAACGCGUGAUGUUUUAAUAUUAUUAUAUUCAUGUGUGCGAAAAUCGAUUCUAUACAUUCGUAUUUAUAGCGUAUAUGUAGCGCAGGGGUGCCCAACGUGAAUAAUGUUCGUGAGCCACACAGAUAUAUAUAUAGGCACCUACAAUACAAGAACAUGGCCAAAAUAAUUUUAUUCACAUUAAAACUAAAAAGAAUUGAUACUGCUGAUAGGGGAUGCCACUGUUGUAGGUGGGUAAGUUAGGAAGAUAGGAUAGGUACAUAAAAUUAUGUAAUUUAUAUCAUGUAAGUAACGAUAAACCAUUGCUAACGAAGUACGAUUCUGAGCGAAUUUCAGUUAUAUGUUUUGAAAUACCAUCAUAAAACGAUUAUAAAAAAGACGGUCAUACUUCGUACGAUGGAUGGACCAUCCAUGGAUGGAUUGUUAUAAGUGAGAAAUUGGAAAAGUAGGACUUUGAUUUAUUAUUCUGUAUCUGUAUAUGUAAUUUUAAGUCUCUACAAAUAUUUUUAACUGAAUUAAAACAAAAUUUAAAAUAAUAAAAGUAUUAUUUUCGUAAAUUUUCCUGUUUUUUCAACGUUUUUUUUUCAGUUUUGCUCAAUUAUUAAAAAAAUUUCAUGGGAAAAUCAAAAAAUAACUUUAUUACUCAUCCACUAGAUUAAAAAUUCAACAACAACGAUUUUUUGUCAGUUUUUUUAUUUGAAGCAAUAUUUUUCGUAGAAAACAUAAAGCGUACAAAUUUCAAGUAAUGAAAUAGUAACGCCAUACAUUUAUUAGUUCAUUUUUGUCUUUUUUUUGUUUUUCUCAAUUAUUAUGAAAACCGCUUGGAAAAUCAAAAAAUGACCUCCCUAAAGUAUCAAAUAGAUACAAUUUACUUUUGGAAAAGGUGCUACACUUGACACAUCGGAGCAAGAUUUCUGGUAAAAAUUAAGUACAUGGUAUAAAAAAAUAAACAUCAUUGUAAAACCAAUGCAUUCCUCGAUACGCUCCGUGUCUAAAAAAAAAAUACUACAUUAGUAGUAGUACAUUACGAGUAACUGUUUUUUUUAACCCUUAGACUUAGUACACGGUCUCUUUUUCGAUUGGAGCAAGAUUACAGAAUACGUUAGCUGUUGAAAUUUAGUUAACCUGUGGAAUUUUAAGUCACGUUUUAGUUUUUAUCAGUUAUAAAUAACAUUAUAUGUUAUCAGUUAUAUUAAAUAAACCUUUAUAUUAUUUUUUUUUGAAAUAAAUAAAUAAAGGUAUUUGACUGACUUUUCAUUUUGAGACUACGGAGUUAAAUUAAUGCUCACUAUAUAAUAUUUGUCCACGUCUAAAAUUAUUUAGCUGCAAAUUUAUCGAAUCUAAAACAUAGCCGUUUUCAUAAACCGCAUAAAAGUCUCGUAAGAAUGUCAAUUUUUUUUUUAUAAUAUUAUGUUUAGACAUUUUAUUCUCGUGUACAUUCGUAUUAUAAGGUGGCCAUUAUAAUAUUUACAUAGGCACUUAAUAGCUACCUAUACAAUACGCACGGUUCAGGUUAGAUAUAUACAUACAUUAUUAUAAUGACAUUCGAAUAUUAUUCUUACACGCAUUAAAAUAGUAAAUUCUCAUAUAACUACCUGUUUAUACAAAUUUCCAUUCAGAAUUAUUUGUCUCGUUCGACAAAAUGCGGAAUGUGAGUUAUUCGCAUCAUUGCGCCCGCGUACCCGGACAAAUACAGUAAAUAGGUAUACGUACUUAUACUCCACAAAUGCGAAUUCUUCGACUGUGAAUCCGGUUUUAAUAAUUCAUUAAGAAGCUAUUUAUUCUCGAACAACGUAUUUCGAUUUAUAUAUAUAUUGAACUAUAAUGUGUACGUAUGCAUAUCGGUUUUAUUGCACCUCCUCUUGCUGUGGGAAAAAUAAAUAAAUCGAUGCAAAUGACGGCAAACACUGCCUCCGUGUUCACGCGUAAUAAUAGUAAAUAAAUAACAAUAUUAUAUAGGUAGUGUAUACAUUUAAAUACUGACCUAGUAGGAUUUGUAGCAGUGGUGUAUUUACCAUGGCGCGGGGGGGGGGGGGGAUUUGAAAAUUAUAUCUCCCAACUUGGCCUGUUCUUAGUGUCAAUUAUUUAUAUUACCAUCUAUUUUUAAAUUCAAAUUUUUUACAUUUUAGUCAGAAAAAUCAACAAUUCAUUGUGCCUAUAAUACCUAUGCCAAAUAACAUGUACAGCAUAUAAUAUGUUAUGUUGGUACCUACUAUUUAAUCUAUCAAAAGAACAUGAACGUAUACAUUUCCCUUAGAUCAUAUUAUACAAUAAAAACAUACAACAAAACAACCAUAUUAUAUAUAUAUGAUCUAAGCAUUGGCGCACAUACCAGGGGUAUCAAGGAGUGCUUAGCACCUCUAAAUUUAAAAUUAGCACUCCAGUUUUUGAGCUAAAUAAAAUAAAUAUAAUACUCAAAUAGUAAUCAGAUAUAAGAUAAGUAAUAUUAUUAUUAUAUUAUAAUCUAUAGUAUUUAGGAGUGUAGUGGUGCAUUAUUAACACGCCACGCAAUACAUCACACAAAUGAUAUUCCAUUACUCUUCUCCAACCAAAACUUAAAAGUGGAAUAUCUCGUCAACGGAUCGACGGAAAUCAAAAAUGUCAACACCAAAAUUUAUUGCAACUAAUAAUCUAUCUUUUUAAAGAAUUUUCGAUACAGGUUUCCAUUUAUAAAUCAAAAGUAGGCAGUGGUUUUACCCCCAGAAAUAAGGGUGACAAAAAAAAACAUGAAUAUAAAAUUGUAUAGCUACUCUUUUCUUAAAUGUUUUAGAAAAUAAAUUCUGAAAAAAGUUAAUACUUUACGAGAUAAUGAGUGUACUCACUUAAAUGGAUCACCCGGUAUAGGCGAAGUAGUUAUCAUAGUGUAGUUUACUACUAAAGUAGAGACUAAUAAGGUUUAAAUAUUAUACUAACUUAAGAACCAUAGUAAUAAUUUACCAAAAAAAUUUCAAAGAGCUUAUUAUUUUUUAGCGAUUUGUUUUAUAACUCAAGUUAUUGUUACUAUAAAAUAAUUAUAUUAUUUUGCAGACGCCGGAAUAAAGUUCGUACCGAGUUUUUGUUCAGCGCUCAAAGAGCUGAGCGUGUCGGAUUGCCAUCAGGUGACCGACUUUGGGCUGUACGAGCUGGCCAAGCUGGGUGCGCUGUUGCGGUACCUGUCGGUGGCUAAAUGCGACCAAGUCAGCGACGCCGGACUCAAAGUGAUCGCUCGCCGCUGCUACAAGCUGCGAUACCUGAACGUGCGAGGCUGCGAAGCGGUCAGCGAUGACGCGAUCACCGUGUUGGCGCGGUCUUGUGCCCGCCUCCGUGCCCUCGACAUCGGCAAAUGUGACGUGAGCGACGCAGGCCUCCGGGCGCUAGCUGAGAGCUGCCCCAACCUGAAGAAGCUCAGUCUCCGGAAUUGCGACCUGGUCACCGACCGCGGCAUACAGCUGAUCGCGUAUUACUGCCGGGGCCUCCAACAGCUCAACAUACAAGACUGCCAGAUAUCCGCGGACGGGUACAAGGCCGUGAAGAAGUACUGCAAGCGGUGCAUCAUCGAGCACACCAACCCUGGGUUCUUCUGAGCACGCGCCGGCUGUUCGCCAUCCACAAACCUAAGGCCACGGGCUAUAAUUUUUAUAAAUAUUAGUAUUUAAGAGUAGGUUUCAUAUGUAUAGGAACUAUAUCUAAUUAUAUAUAGGUAGUUGAUUAUUAUACACGACGUGCUAACCAUUUGCAGUGUUUAUCGUCGUCGACAGCCCGAUACUGCCAUUCCACUAUAUACCUAUAGUAUUAUAAUAAGAUAUAUGCAUAUGGUCUGAAGAAAGCCCCGAAAAAAAUGACCGAUAAAUAAUUUUCAAAAUUCUUUUUCAUCUCUCCUUUUUUCACUGAUAUUUUCGUAUUAACAUAGACGCAACUAUGGAGGGGAAGAGGAUAGUGCUGAAGCUCCCCAGCUCUAAUUCAGCACCUUUUAUCCUAAAAAUCAAAAACAUUUUUUUUUCUUUCAAAAAAUGGUUCACUGUUAUCAUACAAGAUUUUCGUUGCGGCCCCACAUACAUUGACUCCUGAUUCUUAGUUGAUGGACUUUUGGAUUUUAGGCACAGUUAAAGAUAAUACCUAUGUUUAUCCUAAAAAUGGCUAUAUUUGUAAUUAAAUAUAUUUGUUAGAAUAACACUUUUCUUAAUGUUUAUAAGUUAUAAAAAGUUGUAUUUUGUCAGUAUGGCAUCUAGAAAAUCAGCUAAGGACAUAAACCCUUAAGUCUUUCACAAAUUUGUCAAUAUUGAACAUUAAAUGAAGUGUAAUUAAUAACAUUACUUCCUUAGAAGUAGUGAAUAAGUAGGUAUUCUACCAGCAAUUAUAUAAAAAUCAGUAAAUUAAAAAAAUAAAUUAAUAAUAAUAAUCUAAUGAUAUAAUAAAUAAAUAAUAUGGUACUUUUUUUUACGCCAAAAUAUUAUUACUAAAUUGAGGAAAAUGGUGUGUGGUAGCCCACUUGAGUUAGUGAAUAACACAUAAUUUCAGAAUUCUUAAAAUUUGCGAUCUAGUUGUGCCAAAACUUAUUAACCUUGGAACUCUAAAUCCGCCACCUAAUUUGGUCUCUCACAACAUCUAUCCACACCCUAGUCUAGGACCAAUAUUUAAUUUUAAAAUCAUUUAUACCAUAGAAAUCUUAAAAUUUAUCAAAACAAUCCAAAACAUUAAAAAGCAACACAAAACUAAAAUUUGAAAAAUUAUAUUUUGGUCUUUUUUUCUGAUAUCCUGCAUGUAGUUUCUUGAGAUUUUCUAUUGCCUCAUCAACAACUAAACACCUAUAUGUAUUGAAUAACAAUAUUUGUAUUCAUUGAAUAUUUUUUAAAUAUAUUAUUGUGAUAUCGAUUUCAAAAAUUUACUAUUCAAAUAUAGUUAAAUAUUUAUUUUUAUUUUUUUGAACCACAAACCAAUUUUUACUUUAAACUAUUUUGAGUCAACAAACUGUACAUUUAAUAUAAUAAUUAUUAGAGCUCGGGACUUUAUAUAUUUAAAAUCUACAGAAAAGAGCUUAAAGAGCUCUGAAAAAAUAAUUAAAAAGCAAAAAUACAGAGGGCCCAAGGGAGAUUUAAAUUUUCCACCUAACAAUUAAAUGCAAUUAUCUAGCACAUGUAAUUUUUUUUUAAAAAACUUGUGUUAAUAAUUUUUGUAGUGUUCGAAAAUUUUACUUUGUAAGUUGAAACCAUUAUAGGGGGGGAGGGACUUUUAAAAACAUAUUACUAUCUUUUAUUUUUAAGUGCCUUUUCGUAAAUUUUAAAUACUUAAAGUCCCAAGCCCUAUUAAUUAUUGUUAUUUAUCUGCACAACUAAUUUUUCGAGUAAGUUAUGUAAAUCAUGAUUUCAUAGGGUUUUUUUCAUUAUUAUUGUUUUAAGACUGGCAUUUUUCUUCACGUUGUUCCAAAAUAAUGAUUGCAUUUUAUUGAAGUUAGUGCAGUUAUAAUAGGUUCUUUUUUUUUUUUUUAAUUGAAGUUAUCAACCUGCUGAUUGUACAAUAUUUGAGGUGUUUUUGUUUGUAAAAUAACAUUAUUUUGCUUAUUUGUUUUGAGAAAAUCAGUUUAAUUAAUUAAUUUUCUUAUUUGGUUAUACCUAUAAUUAUUAUUAUGAUAUAACUAAAAGUAAUAUAAUUUCAAUUAUAAAUAGUGACAGUAUUUUGUUCAAAAUGUUAUUAGUUUGCAUCUAUUAAGUAUUGUUAUUUAGAUUUAAUCUGCUAGUUUAAUUUGGUAAAAAUGUAAUUAGUACAAAUAAUUAAUAUACAUUUGACAUUAAUAUUAGUUUACAGUUUAUCAUCGGCAUUAAAAUCAAUAGUUUAUUUUUAAAUAGUUAAAUCUAGUAUUGCCAGAACUUAAUUAAUUUUUUAUAUAGUUAGAUAAUCUGAUUAAACAUGCUUGUUUUGUAUACAGUAAUUUGGAUCCUUCUGUAUUACAGUUGUGUAUUUAUCAUUAUAUUAUCGUAAAUUAUUUUUAAAUAUAAAUUAUAACAAACUUGUAUAAGUUGCCAAAUUAUUAUUAUUAUGUUUAUUUGUAUAUGUAUAUAUUCAUAGGAUUAUUAAUACUCGUUACCAGAGAAAAUAAUAAUUUAAUGACUAUCAGAUUUUUUUUUGUUUUAUAUUUAAAAUUAAAUUAAUUGAUGGCUGUAAAUUUAAUUUCAAUACCUAUACAAAAUUAUAAAUAAUAUGGUUAUAAAUUAUAAUAUUAUAAAAUUUUAAUCAUUUUUAAGGUGCCAUGUAAUAAUUUAUCUUAACUAUCCUAAAGUUGUCUUUCAGGAAAAAGCAUGGCCAAUAUAAUGUAUAUAUUUUAUUAGAUGACUGUAUUUAUUUAUAAGUCUGAUUACAGUUUAAAAAUUGUGUAGUUUAUUAACGUUGUCUGGUUAAUCAAUUUGAAGUUAUAAUAUAAGUAAUGUAAUAUAUAAUAUAUUACAGUUAUAAUUUAAGUGAUUUGUCACAAAAUAAAUGUUUGUAAAUAUAUCAAUAUUAUUGUGUACAAACAUUGUUGAUAUUGUACAGAAUUGUUAUUAUACAUUUAAAAGACCUGUAAAUUAUAACAAUGUUUCAACUGUUUUUGUUUUAAUUUGGUAAUUAUUAUUACAAUAUUCCUAGUUAUUGUUGACAUUAUUAAUAUGUCUUUAAGUCUGGGGUCAAAAAAAAAAUGUGUGUUAAGAAAAUAAUUGCUAUAACUAUAAAAUAAAUUUCUGUUGUGAAAGAAUGUGUGCAGGAAACUAAGCAAUGGUAGUUUUUCUAGGAACAU